AGUGGUGAGGUGCCUUCAGGGAAGAAGCGUGGGGACUGAGGAGACCCUAGAGCCACGUUUCUCCAACUUGCCUGCCAAAAGUUGGGCAUAAAACAAUGCCUAAACCUACUUUUGACAUGGUAUUAGAACCGAGCUACUGCUGAGAGUUUGAUUUAGAGAGAAAUCAUGGUUCGACUAACCUUGGAUUUAAUUGCCAAAAAUAGCAAUCUUAAACCCCGAAAAGAAGAAACCACUUCACAAUACCUGAAGAAAAUAACUCAUAUAAAUUUUUCAGACAAAAAUAUAGAUGCAAUUGAAGACCUCUCUCCUUGCAAAAAUCUCAGUGUUUUAUAUUUGUAUGAUAACCGUAUUAGUCAAAUGACUAACUUGAAUUAUGCUACAAAUCUGACCCACUUAUAUCUACAAAACAACUGUAUUUCAUGUAUAGAGAACCUCAGGUCAUUAAAGAAACUGGAAAAACUGUAUCUGGGAGGCAAUUACAUUGCUGUCAUAGAAGGUUUAGAAGGAUUAGAAGGACUAAGAGAGCUUCAUGUUGAGAGUCAGAGGCUUCCCCUUGGAGAAAAGCUUCUGUUUGAUCCAAGAACUCUUCAUUCUCUGGCAAAAUCCCUCUCUAUAUUGAAUAUCAGCAAUAACAAUAUUGAUGACAUAAAAGACCUAGAAAUACUGGAGAAUCUUAAUCAGCUCAUAGCAGUUGACAACCAACUUCUGCUUGUGAAGGUAGUGUAA